UACCUCAGUCUGAGCCGGGCGGCUGCAGGAGUGAGCAGCAGCGUGUUCCUCGUCUGUCACCUCGAAGGCUCUGCCCCGGAGCUCGCAUUGGACAGGACGCGGAGGACUGUGUGCUGAGCCCGCGCUGCUUGUUGUGUAGCAGCUGGAGAUUACUGCGGCAUGGAGCCGUGACCGGGGCUAGGGGAUUACAAUUCAGCGCUCCGACUCUAGGGGAUGGGAAGCCUGGAUACCUGACGGAGCUGUGGGCGGGUUCUGAGAUUGGACGGGAAAAGUUCGGAUUGUCCGCGACUGGCACGGUGACCCCAGCCGGGAGUUGGGAUGGAGGGUCUCCGGCGGCUGCUCGGGCUCCUGCUCGCUCUGUGGCGGGUGUGCGCGGUGCUCGGCAAGAACCUGGAGGCGGUGACCUGGAACUCGCAAAACUCGCGGUUUCUACCUGGAAAAGGCUUGAUUUUAUACCCAGAGAUUGGUGACCGUUUGGACAUUAUUUGCCCCAAGGGGGAGCCAUCGCAGCCUUAUGAAUAUUAUAAAUUGUACAUGGUGCGCAAGGAUCAGGCAGAGUCAUGCAGUACAGUUAUGGAUCCCAAUGUCUUGGUCACCUGCAACCAACCUGAGAAGGAAUUUCGUUUCACCAUCAAGUUCCAGGAAUUUAGUCCAAACUACAUGGGCCUAGAGUUCCGAAAAAACCAGGACUAUUACAUUACAUCUACUUCCAACGGAACGCUACAGGGUCUUGAGAAUCGGGAAGGAGGGGUAUGCCAUUCACGAUCCAUGAAGAUCAUCAUGAAAGUCGGACAAGAUCCAAAUGCAGUAUUACCAGAGCAUGUCACCACUAGCCGGCCAGGCAAAGAAGUAGAUAAUACUGGGAAGAUGGCAACACCUGGACCAUGGAACAAUGGAUUUGAGGGAGAAGACCAUGGGAAGCCAGAUACUGUGAACCAGGCGGAUAGACCUUCCUCUGGAGGCGGUGUUGAUAGCUUCUUCAGUUCUAAAGUGGCUGUAUUUGCCGCCAUUGGCGCAGGAUGCGUCAUUUUUAUUCUCAUAAUAAUCUUCCUAGUAGUUUUGCUAAUCAAGAUCCGAAAACGGCACCGCAAACAUACUCAGCAACGGGCAGCUGCCCUAUCUCUUAGCACAUUGGCUAGUCCUAAAUGCAGUGGAAAUUCUGGCACUGAGCCAAGUGACAUCAUCAUCCCUCUGCGGACUACAGAGAACAAUUACUGCCCACACUAUGAGAAGGUUAGCGGGGAUUAUGGACACCCGGUGUACAUUGUACAAGAGAUGCCACCUCAAAGCCCCGCAAACAUCUAUUACAAGGUCUGAGAAGAACUGUGACAACUCAUCCUGCGCCCCAUCAGUGGGAUGGCCAAUCCAAGCGCCAGGAGCACAGGCCAAAGGUCACUCUGCAUUACAGGACUCUGGGAGACAGAGCAAUAAGACUAACUUUCCCUAUGUUAGGUAUUUUUAUAUAGUGUGCCCCAUUGUUCUGCUCCCUUUCCUGUCCAUGGGAGGGUGGUUUGGAUAUGCUCCUGUCUGCACUUUGCACACCUGCCAUGGUUAACCCUUACUUGACAAGCAAGGGCAGUCUGAACUGUCUUCCACAAUUCAUGUUGUGGAGGCACAAUAAUGCAGGUAGUAUUGAUGGCUGUGUCUUCAGUAUUCAGCAAAGCAGUGGCCCAUGUCAUGGUAGCAGAGGGGUUGACAUACGCUUAGUAAACUAUGUAAAAUUCCGCUGGAAGCUCUGAUAUUACAUCUACUGUACCCGGUUAUGAAUGACAGUCAAGGCAUGUAUGAGCCGAUGGCAUAGUGAUGGGAAGCCCCACCCCAGGGCCCUGUCUGUGUUCUGUUCCUGAGUGGUAUAAUUUUGUGUGUCUGACUUUUUUCCAGUUUAAACCCACCCUGGCUUACUCGAGGGGUUGUAACCAUUCAGCCACGCAUGCGCACACUACCUGCGCACUGGUACACACAAAGCAAGCUACCUGUGAACACAUAUAUGCACUUAAUUGCACACUCCUUUCCUUUCAGUAGGUUGAAUGACCAAUACCGCCCACUGGUCUCAUUACAAUGAAAUUACUGACAUCUGUGGGCCUCGCAUGGAUGCAAUGAUUACAGCUUGUACGUGCUGGAUCCAGUUUUGUGGCAAUCACCUGACUCUGCACAAAGAAAUAUUCAGGAUAAUGACUGACCUAUACGAGUGAACUAUGCCCAAUGUAAAUGAAAUCUUAUUUUUUUCUAAGGGAACUUGGUCCCAUAUGUUCUCAGUGGGUAGAAGUAACCUUCAUGCCCUACAUCAAUGUGGCUGUAAGUGACCAGGGAGGGCUCUGUUCUCAGUUGUUACAUUGGUACUACUCCCCUGAGUUGGCAAUUUGCUACCUGAUUACUGGUGACCUAUUUGUGGUCAUUUAACUGCUGGAGUUAACGCCACCCACCGUGCGGCAGUAUUAUGUUCACUCAGGAACUUACAUGUUGCUGUAGCAUCAGUUGAGGGUGUAGAUGCUCAUACCGUGGUGACCCAGAGUUCUUCCAGUAGGCUCUAAUAGAUUAUAUUAUAUUUUUGCAUCUGUCUCGCAGACUCGUAUGGUUUUCAUCUGAAUAGUGCAGUACAAAUGACUCGGUCCAAUAAUAUGUCAUUCACAUUGGUGAACAAGCUGGUGUUCUCCUCGACUCUGGGCCACGUGUGGUAGCUGCAGUCUUGACGACAUUUCUGCUUUAUGCACCUUGUGUGAUGUUUAAUUGCAGACUGAGUUCAGCCUUCCUCCAGUGACAGUGACAACCGGCUACAUGGCGCUGAUGGUGACAUUGGGGUUAUGGUGUGGGUUAGGACUUGGAAGGGUUCUCCUAUUAGGGCAGUUACACUAUUUAGGACCACAGUAAGCAGAACAUGUGGGGUGCAUACUCCUGUUCCUGUGGUCCUGAUAUUGAUAUUUAUUACAGCCUUGGGAGGGCGCACUCUGGAGCCCAACUAUCCGCCUGUAUGGAAUAUACGCCACAAAUACAAAUCUUUGGGAACCACCACUUACCUAGAAGUAUUUAUGCAAAUACCCAGUCAUUCACAUAACACACAGGUUUCUCCUGUCCGUGGAGCCCUGCACUUGGCUUACUCUUUCCGGUAUCAGCCGUGUAGUUUUGCUAAUGGCUGUCCUGCACUUCUUCACCUCUCGUGUCCACCUCUAUCUCUGGAGCUAGCAUUGUUCUUUCCCACCUCGUAUCUCCCCUCCACAUCCACCACCUUUCUCACUUUUUUUCCUUCUAGAACUCCCCUCUCUCCAUCAGAUACUACUCCUCCUUUUUUGCAUGUCUAAUAUUCUUAGCAUAUUUGACUGACACAAAGAAUUCUUGUAACAAGGUGGAUACAACUGCCUUUUUCCUUGACAUGUCUUGGUGUGUUUUUUUACUAUUUGCAGACCUUUUACAUACACACUUUUGUAUACUGACACUUGCAUAUACUUGUUCGCUCCUCCGGACUGAACACACCCUGUUGUAAAUCCUGGCAUGGAAGGGUUUCCUACAUGCUUGCCUGCGCAGCAGUCGAGUCAGGACAUGUGCUGCAUGUCUUGCUUCCCUCUGCUGCUUUCUGGCAUGUAGGAUCCAACCACAUUGGAGGGUGUACAUAAUUCCAUACAUGAGUCUCCGUGCCAGAUACUUAUACCCUCGUUCACUCCAGGGACAUAUGGACCAUCCACCUCAGCCAUAUGAUGGUUGUUUCUUUCCCUUGGUCUUCUGAUGUCAGACAUUCACCCCCGAGGUCCAGAGUAGGACCUAUGAAUUGUGAGGCCCUGCAUGGAGUGCAGGGUUUGCCGUGUACCUCUUGCCAUAACUACCUGCCUUGCUAGUGGUGCCUCCAGCACAUUUCCAUAUACCCCCCGGGGCAGUGCCCUGUUUUACAUUCUAUGCAGAGUAGGAUCUGGUGUCCCUUUUUGUAUUGAGGCAGAUUAAGGGCUUGUGUGCUGUAAGGCGGCAGCUGUCUGUCUGCUGGAGAGGGGCUCUGAGACACUCGGUCUCUAGGGACAAGGCCUUAAAAUAGAAUCUCAAAAGCACCACGCGCUCAGCCCUCCCUCAUGUUUGCAUUUGGCACCGUUCAGUUUCAAUGUUAAUAUUUUCUCUUUUAAUUUUUCUUCCGAGUGGGACCUGCUGUUUUGUUUUUCGGAGCAGGCCAAAGGUGCGAAUUGCUUUUAAGCACAUGACAUGAGUACUUCUGUAAAGUUCGGCUCUCUUCCCUGCUUUAUUUUAUGGUCUCUGUACAUACGCAAUCCCCUGUCAUUAUUCCUAUUUUAUAAUGUUUUGCAGAUUUUGCUCCUGCACAUUCUUAGGUUAGGAGCGGUUCAGAUUCUGAAUAUAUUCUGAAAUCCUAUAGAAAAUGUCCUACCGGUCACCCUUUUACAAACCCCUUCAUAGUCUGGACUUCUCAGAUCUUUUCUUUCAUCAUACAUGAGCCCCGUUCCUUCUCCUCACGCUCUAAACACCAUGUACAUAUGUGAAAAGAAAAGGUGAAAUUUAAAUUUAUUAGCACCUUUUUUUUUUUUUUUUUCAAUUUUCCAGAUUGAUUUUUCUCCUGUACCUUAAGAGAUUAACUUUGAUAUUUUUUGUAAAUUAAUGUGUUUUUGAGACAAAUACUGUAAAGCUGUUUUUGUAUAAACUCCAAAUUUAUUUUCAUUUUGUUUUCUUAGUAAGAAAAAAUAGUUUUUUGAAACCUAAAUCCAAUUGCAUAUCUAUUCAUAUCAUGAAAGCAUCCACAAGUCACCCCGACAAUGUAUUCAUAGGAUAAGAAGCCGCUUUGGUAGUAAUUCUUCAGACUGUUCUUAAUAGCAGAGGAAAUCCACCCAAAUGUGGCUGUUAAAGGCUCCAACUGGUCUUGUUAACCCUUACAGCAAUAGUAAUUCUGGCUGACCACCCACUGAAGACUACAGCUUGGGGCUCCAGUUGUGUGUGGAAAAUAUGCAUUUUACAGUGGCAGCAACGUGGAGGAGAUUGUAAGAACACCUCAUCCACGUGCUGUGAGAUUUCUGCAGCAAAAUCCGCACACAACUUCGCCCUGCAGAUUUAACCCCCGCAGCAUGUGCAUUUAUGCUGCAGAUUUCGCCACUGUGGCAAACACUCAGUGUUUGUGCUAUGAAUUACCCAACUUAAAGGGGUUAUCCUGGAAAAGAUAAUAAAGACUUAUCUUAAAGAUGGGUCAUCAUUAUCACAUUAGUGGGGGUCCAAGUCCCUGCUGAUCAGCUGUUUCAGGGAGUUGCGGCGCUCACUGGAGCUCCGGUGAACAAUGCAGGCUCCUGGGAGCUUUCCAAGGACAGCGCUGCACAUCCUAUAGUGGCAGUGCUUGGUAUUGCAGCUCUGCCCCAUUGACUAGAAUGGGGCUGAGCUGCAACUAGGCCAUGUGACCGAUGUAUGGUGACGUCACAUGGCCUAGGAAGAGGCGCCGUCUGGCCUCUUCUAAUAGCAGCUGAUCAGUGGGGGUCGCACCUCUGCAGAUCUAAUAUUGAUGACCUAUCCUAAUAAGUUAUAAAUAUCUUCUUCUGGAUAACCACUUUAAUGGCGCAAAUUCUGCUGCUUCAGAGAAUCCACAGCCGACCCAUCAGAUGUUGCACGCACCCUAAAGGGUUAACUUUGUUUUCAAUAACAAUGUACUGAAUCCAAAACCUGCAAGACCCUGGGAGUCAUUUACAAAGGAUCAGUAUUGUACAACCUUGGGCUCUUGCACUUUGUUAUUUUGAAGGACCUCUACCUCAUAUGGGGCAGAAAAACGGCCUUUGUUGCCCGUAGCGACCAAUCGCAGCACAGCUUUUAUUUCUUACAAGUGCUCUUGAAGUAUGAAAGUUGGGCUCCGCUUGGUUGCUAUGGCCUAACCAAGACCGCUUUUCUUUUAGACAGUUUCUGAUCUGCCAUAUUGUUCGACUAGUGGUUCAUCUUCGGCUUCUCCCCAGUUUGGGUAUUAAUGUAUAAAUGACUCAUCUGUUUGUAAGUGACCCCCGUGGCUCUGUACAGAGACAUAGCCUUCGGUGGCUUCACCUGCAUGGCACGGCUGGCGCUACCCCGGGACUUCUGCCGAGCAAUAGUGCUGCCUCAGAUUUAUGAAUUGGUCUGCAAGGAAAACUGCUGCCCAUAUCAAUCGGUCACAGCACAGCUUUCAGUUUGGAUGAAGGCAGCGGUGUGGCUGCUAUGGGCAGCAAAGAGGUGUUUCUUUAUGACCGUUAUCCUAAAUCUGCCCAAUUGUCAUCAUUUUUCCCUCACUACUUCUGCGGCAUGGGAACUGGCACUGACAGAUUCCCUACAAUAGUCUUAACUUCACGCCACCUUAAUGCGUAUUAAUGGACUGUAGGAUUGCACGCUGAGCAGUCUUUCUGUAUUGCUUCUGUCUAAUGCAGGACUGUCUUCUAAUGGACUGCUGGACAGAAGGAAAAGGAAAUCUGACCAAUGGGACAAAACAAGUGAGCGGCCUAUACUUUCAAGGGGCUGAAAGGGUUAAUAGAAAAUAUCCUGAGCAAUAACUCUUUUCAAAUAUCCAGAAUAAUCAAAACUUCCAAAGGUUUUAAUCGUGUAAUACAGUUAAGCCACAACCUCUUCUCUGAAGUCUGCGAGGGAUUAAUAUGUAAUCGUAUUCCCCCGGAGUGAGGCGGACUGUGCACAAUCAGUUCCCUGUUCCCAAUUUAGGUCUGUUUAAAUGUGUGUAUAUGUGCGUGUGUUCAGCUAAGGGUUAAGACCAGGGCAGGGCUGUAAUAUUUGCUGCAUCUCUCAGGCAGUGAGGGUGGGCAGCUUCCCAGCAUCCUUGUCUCGCCUCUGUAGCCCCUUCUAGCUUUGCAGUCACCAGUACCACAGACUAGGACACAGUUAAGCAAUGGUAGGAUAAACACUUUUAUAAAUAUAUAUAUUUUAUUUUUGGUUUACUUUUUGGACUGUGCCUUGUAAACCCUGGAUUCUCGGACGGAGCUCAUGGUUCCACCCUGCUAUGCACGCCAUUUCAUGUCCGAGGCCUCUCCACCGGGAAUGCUUGACUCAUAUCGCCUGGUGUGGGAGGCAGGGUUCGACUCCAUCACACUUAGAGCUUUCCGUGCACACAUUCAGUUUUUACUGUAAUCCACGUCCUCAGAUAACGCUUCUGUUUGCUUGUCAUUCCUCAGGCACUCGAUUUUAUAUUUCCAUGCCUCACCUGAGAUUAUUUUCUUUGUUUCCUGUUGAAUACAUUUGCCCUGCUGUUUAAACUUCACCCCAUGUCCACGUUUAAUGCCUGGAACUCCAGAUCCCUGGAGCUAUGUUGGAAUCCUGAUAUAUUGUUAAAUAAAGUUUUUUUCCUAUGGAAA